AUGACAUAUAACUUCAUCUGGGUUGUGGUGGCUUUUUGUUCUUGGUCUUUUGUAUACAGUCUAAAUAACAAUGUUGCUGGUAUACUAGAUGAACAAGUUGAGAAUUUUGCCUUCAAAGCCUUGGUCUGGCACCACCACCGGCCUCACACGGGUUCUAUCUACAGAGCAAUUCUUCCAGCUAAUCUUUCGGGCAUGGAAGUUUCCAUUUUAAGAUUGAGGAGCCGGAGACUGUGGAAGAUUGGAGCCAAGUUCAACAAUCUUCACUUCCCAUCAACAACCUUUUCAGUUCCUUAUGUGAGGAGGCUAGCCAUAGUCUAUCAACAAUUGGGCAACUGGUCUUCUCUUUACUACAACGUUCCAGGUUAUUCGCUUAUCACUUAUUUUGUUGGUUUCAUGGUUUUUGAUGUAUCAAAUGUAACGGCAGACACUAAGAGCAUGACAAGAAUCAGUGUCCGUACAAAAUGGAAGCCAAUAUUGAUUAAGUUUUCUGAUCUGAGAUUUCCUGAUGGAAUGAGUUUAUCAAAGGCAAAGUGUGUAGCUGUUUACAACAACGGUACAUUUGAGCUUAGCGAGUUGAAGUUUUCCAACGUGUGUUACGGAUGGAGUGAUGGAUAUUUCUCCAUUGUUGCUCCACUGAAGAAUAAGAAGAAGAAGGUGGUGUGGUACUUGGGGGUGAUAGGAUUUGGUGGGUUGAUUUUGAUUGGUUAUUUGGGGAUGAAAGUUCUCAGACUUUUGAAGACGAAGAAGAUUCAGAUAAUGGAAAGACAAGCUGAUGAAGGUCUGGUUUUUGAUAGCAGAUGGAUUGGUACCAGUAAAAUGCCCUCUGCAACUGUAACAAGAACUCAACCAGUGCUUGAAAAUGGAAUAUUUCCUUAA